UCCACACACCAUAGGAGGAGGGAAGGGGGCGGUCCCGGAGCACGCACAGUCAGCGGGGAGUAACCGGCUAGUGGAGAGAGAGACCGUUAUUCAGCAGCAGCAGCAGCGGAGUGUGCCAGUGUAAUACCCAGCCAGCACCAGUAAGGGCGUAGCUCCCGGCGCCACCACCGUCUCGUGUCAUCUCCGUCUACACCGAGCCCUUGCUGCCACACCGAACCGCUCCGUACAAGAUGGUGGACCGCGAGCAGCUGGUGCAGAAAGCCCGACUGGCUGAACAAGCCGAGAGAUACGAUGACAUGGCGGCCGCCAUGAAGGCAGUAACAGAAUUAAAUGAACCACUCUCAAAUGAAGAAAGAAACUUGCUGUCUGUUGCAUACAAGAAUGUUGUUGGAGCACGUAGAUCUUCCUGGAGAGUAAUCAGCAGUAUUGAGCAGAAGACCUCUGCAGAUGGCAACGAGAAAAAAAUCGAGAUGGUGCGUGCAUAUCGUGAAAAGAUUGAAAAGGAGUUAGAAGCAGUAUGCCAAGAUGUACUAAGCCUUUUGGAUAAUUUCCUCAUCAAAAAUUGCAGUGAAACCCAGUAUGAAAGCAAAGUGUUUUACCUGAAAAUGAAAGGAGAUUAUUAUCGAUACUUGGCUGAGGUAGCCACUGGGGAAAAGCGAGCAGCUGUUGUUGAGUCGUCAGAGAAGGCAUACAGCGAAGCCCAUGAGAUAAGCAAAGAGCACAUGCAACCCACUCAUCCCAUCAGGCUGGGCUUGGCUCUUAACUACUCUGUCUUCUACUAUGAGAUACAAAAUGCACCCGAACAGGCUUGCCAUCUGGCCAAGACGGCGUUUGAUGAUGCCAUUGCAGAGUUGGAUACCCUCAAUGAGGACUCUUACAAGGACUCUACACUUAUCAUGCAACUCCUGCGUGACAACCUAACACUCUGGACAAGUGACCAGCAAGAUGACGACGGAGGAGAAGGCAACAAUUAAGACCUCCCGAUAGACUGGCAGCCGCACGCUGAUGCUACUACCGCAGUCUUUAUUUUUUUUCCCACAAGUGGGGGGUUGAGGGUGGGGGAGGGGCUAGGAAGGGACGACCUCCCCAGGGAAAGACCCUACCACCUGUCUUUGAUUGCCUCUUCGACAUUUUGCCAAAACACCACGAGUGGAAAGUUAGACUGGCUGUGCUAGUAUGGAAUGGCAGCCAAACACUGGCACAUGGACUGUUCUGUAGUUUAAUAAAAGUGGAGCUGUUUUUAAUUUUAAGUUAUCGCUAGACAUAUUUAGAAAGAGAUUUACGAGUAGGAAUAACUUGAAUGGAAUGCCUUUUUUAAAUAGUUUUGUGGUUCCAGUAAGUUAUUUUAUAUUUAUAUUCUUAGCUGUAAGCACGUCUUGCCCUUCAUGCUACAGUAUAUGCAUAUUUAUUUAAGACGCUGGUUGUGUCGUUUGUGCAAGCCUCCGACUUUACAACACGCGCCCAGUUCUUUAGCCACUGCCUGCCAGUAUUCAUGCUAGUGAAUUCCACAGUUUACCAGGAAAGCUUGCCAGGACUUCAGCAGUCAGGUUUUGUUCAUCCUUCUCUUUUUGGUAAGUCUAUAAAGUAACUGAAAAGGUUAGAUGAUAUGUGAUGUAACUUCUACCACCAAAAAAUAAAAUUUCUGUGUAACUGAUCCACUACUGCCACCGAUAAGUAGCGUCUUGGUGCUGAGCGCUGUCUUGUAACGGUAAGCGUUCAAACACUUUAAUUCCUUUGGACGCGCUACACUUGUGGUGUAGUUUAAUCACGCGUUACGAUGCAAAUGUCUGUUUGCAGAUGUUUGAAAUGGCAAAUUCCUCCUUAAAAGGUCCUGCUUAAUUUAAUUUUCUGGCUGGUUUGAUACGUGCAACCAAAGUUCUAAACGUUCUAGUUUAGAACUAUUUAAAUGGAACAGUAUAGGAAGAUUUCUUUUAGGGUUACGAUUCUUUUCUAGAAGCCAUAGGUAAUUACAGGACAUGUAACAAAAGGCUGUCGUCAUUGUAGACUGUUUAUUGCUUACAAUGGCAGUGGCAUCUUCAUAGCCAAAAUCUGAGGCAAAUCUGUAGCAGAAUUCGAUUUACUUCAUUGAUUGACAGCAAGUGAAAUAUUAUUUAAUUUUUUUUUUUUUGUUCCCGUCCAAUUAUCAGUGUUAUAUUUAUGUCCAGCAUAAAAGUAAUUUACUGGAAUUACAUUAACUAUUUUUUAUUUUUUUUAUUUACUUGGCUGCUAUAAAACUCUGAAGAUCCUAAGAGGGCUCCAAAGCAAAGAACGCUGAGUAGAAUCAAAGCAGCAUUUUUUUUAUUUUAUUUUUAUUGCACUUGCCUAUAUAACAGUUUCUCCAAUGAAAUUACUACCGCUGCAUUAAUCUCAAUACAAUAUUGUGCAUGCUAGUGUUGUAUUUCUAUAACGUAGCUUGAAAUUAAAUUAUACAGUAGAUGUUAUGUAUUCCUAUGGCAAGCCAACUAGUCUUCAAUUUUAUUGCCUUUAUUUUAAAGAAGCAAAAACAAUGUUCUCCAUUGGAAAGUGAGGGUUUAAGGGGUAGACAACGGUCUACAGAGCUGUAAUAGUUAACAAUGGGUAUGUAAUGGAUGUUGCUAUUGUGACAUGCAAAUAUUUAAUUUUGAUCUUAAAAGAAAAACAUAUAAAAAAAAAGAAAAAAAAAGAAAAUAUAUAUAAAAAUGGGUUAGAUGGGGAGUGGGAGGGAUCAUAAACACCAGUUUUAGCCUAACCUCAAUGUCUGGUGUAAGUCAUGGUGAAAUUCUAAUUAUUAAUGUGUAAGAAAAUUACUGUUUUUGAAUAAGCCUUUGUUUGUGCUUCUUUGUCACCGUAAUACAGUGAAUUAUUUAAGGUCUGAUCAGUGAAUUGUCAUUUUUACUUUUUCACUUUGUUUUUAAACAAACUCAGUGUUUCAGCUCAAACAUUUUCCCCAUAUUUUUAUUUAUUUUUUUCUUUCCCUUUUUUUUGGCUCACGGACCAUUUCUAGCAGUUUUUCCUCAGUGAUGGAAUAUCAUGAAUGUGAUUCAUUAUGUAACUGUCGCACAUUGAGCAAAUAAACUUACGGAUCUGAUGUGGGUGCUGCUUAAA